UCUAGCUGCGAACAUUCAGUAGAUCUCCAGCCCUGAACAACAGCUCCCUAACAGGAGCCUGUCAAGUUUUUAAAGAGUCUUUGAUUAGAUGCUGAAAAGAGCAGAGAAAACUGAGUAGAGAUCAUCCAACUGAGCAGAAAAUGACAGCAGCAGCAGCUCAGGAACUCGACGAGCUAUGUUUCCUGUCGGCGCAAUCCAUGCCCAAUCUGAAAGUUUCUGAACACUUUCGGAUGGUGAAGCUCCUGGGAGAAGGAUCCUAUGGGAAAGUCAUGCUGGCAGUGCACAGAAAGAGAGGAACUCCUAUGGCUCUGAAGUUCUUCCCUCGUCAGUCUACCUCGCUCACCUCUUUCCUGCGUGAAUACAAUCUCUCCCUAUCUUACUGCACCCAUCCGUCUCUGACACGAGCCCUGGGCAUCUUCUUCUCCACGCCAUCCUACUAUGUGUUUGCCCAGCAAGCCGGUCUAUACGGUGACCUCUACAGUGUUAUAGUGUCCGAGGCUGGGGUGAAUGAGGACUGCAUGCAGAGGGUGAUGUCCCAACUGAGCGGUGCAGUUACACACCUCCACUCUCUGGGCUUUGUCCACCGUGACAUCAAACCUGAGAACAUCUUCCUCUGUGACAGCUCCUGUCGCUGGGUCAAACUCGGGGACUUCGGCCUCGCCCGAGCCAUCGGCACCACCGUUCGAGCUGUCUGGUACGAGUCGCCCUUCUGCACGCCUGAGGUGGAACCUGCCAAGGAGGCCGAGAAGGAGAUGGAGAGAAGGCGGACUGAAGGAACCGAAGAAGAGGUAGAAGACAUCUGGAUAUCAGUAGAGCCCUGCAUUGACAGCUGGGCUCUCGGUGUGCUCGUCUACUGCCUGCUAACUGGCUGCUUCCCCUGGGAGGAGAGCACUCACGAUGACCGUGGCUACCGAAAAUAUACGGAGUGGUUUGACCAUGAGGCCAAACGUGGCGAGAAAAUGCGAGAUGGCGAGUGGAGGGGUGAGGAGGACGCUGAUGAUUACAUUAUUAUGGAGAGAAAACAAAGAGACAAUCCUCCUCCUUCACAGUUUGAGGGCCUCAGCCCAUUAGUGAUGACUCUGUUGAAGGAGCUACUCCACCCUGAGCCCAAGCACAGAGGGACUCCAGAGGAGAUCCUGAGCUAUCUGGGAGGGCCAUGGCUGAUGGAGACGGAGAGAGAGGAGAAGAGGAAAGCAGAGGAGGCGGAGAAGGAAGCCAGAAAAAUGAGGGAGAGAGGGGGCGUAGAAGAAGAGCUGCUCAGGGAAGGAAGGGGGGAGAGAUAAACUUUGUCUUUAUGAAACCGUUUCAGCGUUU